AUGUCUUGCCCACGACUCGAUGGCGGUAGGAACGGAGUGUCCGCCGCCCCAAAGGCGCUGGCCUUCUCCAUUGAACGGAUCAUGUCCAAGAACUCUGAACCAAAAGGCCGUUUGGAUGAGCGGCGAGUAGUGGAGUCUUCAGAGGGAACAAAGAUGCUGGGUCUCUGCUCACCUAUACCGUGCAUGAUCCCCCUGCAACCUUUUAGCUACGAUUUACAAGCCAAGGCGCUGAUGAACUACUCCGAAUUUUGGAAAGCUAAUUUCAGAGGAACACUAUGCACUUCUGCGGGGAUGUGCAAAGCCAACUGCGGGAUGUGUGACAAAAUUGACUCGGGGUUGAAGCACUCUUUACUACCGGGGAGGGUGAUAAAACCCCAAGUCAUCCACCAGGCAGUGGCGAUGCCCACCAACGGCUCUCUUUAUUAUUUUAACUACCUGGACUCUGCUUAUCACCAGUCUGAGCUGCUAAGCGGACACUUGUUUUCCUCAGCCCUGGCCAACUCACAAGCCCAAGCCUCUCUCAGUGCGCACCAGAAACUGCUACUGCUGGAGAAUGCCAAACUCGCCAGCGCUUCGACCGAAAAGUUUCCGACACCUCAGUACCCACACAAGGAGCAUCUCCCUGGCCAGCUCGACCAGAUAGUGAAGGAGAACAAUAGUCUGACCUCGGAGAAAAAUGGAGUGAAAGCGCACAGCAAGCUCAACAACAGCUCCACGGACGGGAAACCCAAAAACUUCACAUGCGAAGUGUGUGGAAAGGUAAAGGAUUUAAUUCAGUAAAACGAAUGGUAUAAAAUAAUAACGAUGCAAUUGUUAUUGUUCGUUUUGUUUGCUUAUUAUUUGCUUUGCAAAUCACUUACAUUUCCUUAAAAAAAAAAAAAAACAUAUAGACCUAUAGACAAUAACGCAGUAUCAGUUAUUGUAAAUGUUUUGUGCAAUAGAUUAGAAUAGGCAUACCCUAUUUAUUUGGAAAUUAAAUUGAAGCUGAAAUGUUUGUUUCAAUUAUCAAAACAUCUCACAAAUGAAAUACAAGAAAAGUGAAAACGAGAUUGUUUGUUUUCUUCUGCAGGUGUUCAAUGCUCAUUAUAAUUUGACACGACACAUGCCAGUGCACACAGGCGCGAGGCCGUUUGUGUGUAAAGUGUGCGGGAAAGGAUUCCGUCAGGCCAGCACAUUGUGCAGACACAAAAUAAUCCACACACAGGUGAAACAUAUCAUAUUUCCCUCGAUAAUAACUAUAUUAGUUAUAUAUGACUAUACUAUAAACUCCUUCGAGGAUUGCUUACAAAUAAUAAUCAUAUAUAUAUAUAUUGUAUUUCUUUAUCAGGAAAAGCCUCAUAAAUGCAACCAGUGUGGCAAGGCGUUCAACAGAAGUUCGACGCUGAACACUCACAUACGGAUCCAUGCCGGGUACAAACCUUUCGUCUGCGAAUUCUGUGGGAAAGGAUUUCAUCAGAAAGGUAAUUAUUACCAUUUAAACCCUGGUCAAAAUAUUCAGGAUAUCCUCUAUGGUAGGCUAUAUUUACAAAAACACGCAUUAUAGGUUUUAAUUUGUCUUAGGCUAUAUGUUUUUAGAAUAAUAUAACACCAGAGCAUCAUAAUAAAAUAAUACAGAUCAUAUUAUUUUCAGCCUGCGUUAUACAUUUAUGAAAUUAAUAUCCCAGACAAAUAUUAAUUAAAAAUCACACUUUUAUGACAAUAACUAGGCUAUAUGAUGGUGGUAAUGAUAUAUCCCAGUUAUAACCUAAUGCUAAUGUAGCCUAGAUUACAUCCAAAAGUAACAGCAAAGGCACACAAUUCCUAUUAUUUAGAGGCCUAUCAAAUAUUAUUGGUAAAAAUUGAUACCCGUGCUGCCCUCUGAUGAUGUUGAAGCAUCAAUCUAAAUAGGUCAUGUCACUUUACACUAACUAACUCUCCACACAAGACUCUUAAAUUCGCCAUGGGUCAAGAGACAGAACUUUCUCUGGUUUAUAAUCUGACCGUUUUCAGUUGCUGUUACGUUUGACUUUGACAAAGUUUGACAAUUUAUUGACUUCAACAUGCAAAGCGCUAAUUAAUGAAGGCUGUAGAAUGGAGCGCCUUUGUGGAGAGUAACUUAAUGGUGACCAGUUGACCUUGAGGAGAAGAAAGCAGCUAAAUUUGUGUUCCAUUUAGUGUAUGCUGUUCACUUUAUUCGCGAUGUUCAUUUUUAUUAAUUUCAUUUCCCAAUUUCAGGAAAUUACAAGAACCACAAGUUGACGCACAGUGGAGAGAAACAGUACAAGUGUUCCAUCUGUAACAAGGCCUUCCAUCAGGUCUACAACCUAACCUUUCACAUGCACACGCACAACGACAAAAAGCCCUUCACGUGCGGAACCUGCGGGAAAGGCUUCUGCAGAAACUUUGACCUGAAAAAACACAUAAGGAAGUUGCACGACAAUAACUCAUGUAGGCCUAUAUCUGUGGCGACCGAUUCUUCCAGGGGACCCCAAAGCUGACUUAAAUGGACAGUUUAUUAAGCCUCGCCAGUGCACAUUUCUCAAUGCAGUUUUUCUCCAGUUUUCAGUGAGUGAUGAAAACAUCAAAUAAAAUUGUUAAAAGAAGGGAAAUUAUAAAGCAUAAAAAUAAAACAUUGUGACGACUUGAUAGACUGAUGGAAGGCAAUUUGUGUUUUAGGUUGUUAUUCGAUUUCAAAAUUAUAAUAAUGAGGAUGGGAACUUUGUAUUGUUGCAGCAGUGCAGUAAAUUCUGACCGUGAAUGAAUUCAUGUUAUAAACAUUUACGAAGGAAAUUACUAUUUGCUCCACCCAUGGGUAAAUUCAGGAGGACGUGUUUUUUCUUUCUAUUGCAUAACGUGUGAAAAUCGAAUUGUAAAUAAUAUUAAAAUAAAAUGUAAUUUAAAAGUAUUUUACCGUGGGCGCAUUUUUAUACAUUACUAUGUAGGCUACAUACAACUAAAUUGUAACCUACAUGUGGAUAAAACGUUUUAUA